AUGACCAGCAAAGCGAAAAUAAAAUGGUCCGACAUGCUUCCUUCUUCCACGGCACAAACCCUCAUCACAGACGAACGGAUCACUUUCCUUGACGGCGAAUUGGGAAAUACCACGACGAUGACUUUGUCCGAAGAGACACUGCAGAUGCUGAAAAGGACAGUACAGAUUGUCUUUCACGCCGCAACAUCAGCGCAGCUACACAAGACUCUACCAGAGUUAGCACACACUGUGCUAGCACCAAGCAUAUGUCUCACAACUUAUGCCCUAAAAUUCCCGAACCUUGAGCGCUUCGUAUUUUUCUCAACUGCCUACGCCAACGCCCAUCUAUGGAAAGCCCAGGAAUCAACAGACGUCUCAGUUGACGAGAGGAUAUAUCCCCUCGGCAGGGAGGAGGAAGAUUAUUACAGGAUCGCACUAGAGGCAUGGAAUGCAGUACAGAAAACCGGCUCAUCCGAAGAAUACAACGCCCACGAUUUCCCAUGGCCAUAUGCAUACGCCAAGCACCUCGCCGAACGACUCGUCUUACAAAAGGCAGGUGAGCGCAACAAGAUGGACAAGGUCCUAGUCAUCAGACCGUCUGUCCUCGGACCAGCCGAUAAAUUCCCAUUCCCCGGUUUUGCGACCUUACAUGGAGCCCCUUCGACAGCCUGUGCAGCAGCGUACUUGCUACAUGCAGGUCGGCGAAUCAAACUCUCAACGCGAUGUGAGAAACCACAUCAAGAGUCCACGAUCGAUGAGGUCCCGGUUGAUGUUGUGGUGGAUCGAACACUGGUCCAUGUGGCGCUGGGGACGAGUGGGUGUGUCCAUGCAGUGAGUGGGGAGCAGGGCCGGUUAUCGACUGAGGAAUGGUGGUGUGCGGUUCAGAAAGAGAGACGGCUGCCAUGGAAUGCGAAGCCGUCUUGGACAUCUGAUGACUGGCAUUCUCCCAAUCUCCACUUUGUGGCUCGGCGGUUCAAGAUUAUUGGUACUUCGUUUGCGUUCUCACAGGAACGGACAUUGAGGGCUACCGAGAAGCUAAGCGCCGAGGAGAAGAAGAAUCUUCAGUUGUUUGCUGAUCGGUCGAAACCAUACUCUCUGCAUUUGCGACGGCAUCAGAUUCAUCAUCACGCUGUUGAAGUGGCCAAGAAGAAAAAGUGGCCUCUGUGCUCUGCCGGUCUCCUUUGUCGGAAAGGAAGACCUGUGGCCCACAAAACAUAA